UCUCAAAAGGACCUCGACGAAGAGUUAACGGCACUUGAAAGUACCUCCAAAGUUUAUAACUUAACGGCACUUCUUAAAAAACGAAUGCAGUCGGCGAGGGAAAUCCCAUACUUACUUCACGACAAAGUAAUCUACAAUGAACCUGCCACUAUCUGUGAACUCUUCAGUGAUUGGUUUGCAAACUUUAGUUUAGAAACACAUAUGCCUGGUGAAACCGCUCCCCUUACUAUCUCUUCCCUUGAAAGCAUUGUGUUCACUAAUCAGUUAAUAGUACAAGCAAUUAAAAGCCUUAAACCUUCCACUAGUACGGGACCGGAUGGCCUCGCUUCGAUAAUUUUCAAAAACAGUGGGUGUGAUAUACCCUUGUUACUUCUUAAAUUCUUCUCAAUAUCUAUGGACACUGGCACUUACCCUAGUGAGUGGAAAACUAGCUUCAUAAUUCCACAUUACAAAUCUGGUGAUAGGGCAAACGUCCGCAAUUACAGACCCAUAAAUAUAACCCCAGUUAUCUCACGAAUCAUGGAGAAAGUUGUAAAAGAUCAAUUGUCAGACUACCUAAUUAGGGAAGAUCUUGUUACAAGGUCUCAACACGGAUUUCUCAAAAAUAGAUCCUGCGUUACUUGCCACUUCGACUUUUUCAACUGCAUCACUAGUAGUCGCGAAGCACGUAAGCUAGUCGUUGUUCUCUACUUCGAUAUAUCUAGGGCAUUUGACAUGGUAUCUCACAGUAUUCUCUUUGAGAAGCUGUACUCUUGUGGAAUUCGCAACCCAUUACUGAACUGGUUAAAAUCAUUUCUAAGCAACAGGGUACAAAUAACCAAAGUUGGAUCUGUAUUGUCUCAUCCUAGGCAGAUCUCAAGUGGGGUCGUGCAAGGUAGUGUCCUAGGUCCACUUUUAUUCACAAUCUACAUUAACAGCAUUUGCAAGUGCUUCACCUUAGGCAAACCAUUCCUAUAUGCUGACGACCUCAAAGUCGUCUACUCCUGCUACACUCAUGAAUUAAGCGAUAUGGUUACUAAAAUACAUCUUGAACUAAGUAGCCUUGCAACAUGGUGUGCUGAAUCCUGUCUAAAUUUUAACAUUGACAAAUGCGGCUGGAUUUGUAUCGGCAACAGUAACCUUGAUCUAACUCUUGAAAUAAAUGGGCGAAAACUAGCUAAGCUCAACUCAGUCGUAGAUCUCGGUAUUAGAUACUCUAGUAACCUAACGUUCGCUGAACAGACUGAUUAUGCCAGACGUAAAACGCGAAGGCUGAUAGGAUGCAUAACACGCAAUUUCUUUUGUUGUGAAACUAGGGUUUUAUUAUACAAAGUAUGUGUCCGACCUAUCUUAGAAUACUGCCCGUUUAUUCUUAGCGGACUAAGACAAAAUGACAAGCUUAAAUUAGAGGGAGUGCAACGGCAGUUUACCUCAAGAACUCUUGGUUUAGAAAGUGGUCUGGAAUACCAUGAGCGAUGCGUAAGACUAAGAUUAGAACCCCUCUGGAAAAGACGCCUUAAGCUAAACCUUAUCUUUUACUACAAGCUAACUAAUCUUCUCUUGCAUUCCUCCGAGCCAAUAACUAAACCUACCGCUGUCAUCAGUUACAAUCUUAGAAAUCAUCACAACCUAGCUGCUAUGGAGCACUGUCAGACUUACGUGCGGUACAACUUCUUCUUAAAUAAGUUUUCAGUCAUUUGGAAUAGACUACCAGCUAAUGUGCGCGAUGCAAACACACUUCCAGUGUUCAUCUCCUCAGUCACCAGACUGCUCAAAGAUGACAAUGCACUUUUGCGCCUGACUCUUACACCUUCUUUUUCACCCUACAUAGAUAUUUUAAGUUCUUUAAACGUGUAGUUACAACAAACUACAAUUAUAAAUUUUAAUAUUAUUGGAACUAGAUGAUUAACAUUUCUACACAGGACAGUAAUAAUAUUAGUUUACACAUAAUAUAAAAGUUAGCAUAACGGGACUAGUUAGUUUGUGUACCAAAAUAACCACAGUUACUAAACAGAAUAUAUAUGUAUAUAUUUAUUAAUCACUCCUUAAGGACUCCCGUUGCUUUCUUUUGCGUUGCUGUUGUUUGUCUUCUUUUUUCUCUCACCAUUUCAGCUUCCAUUUGACUUUUUGAAUGAGAAUGAAUAAUGUGGAUAUUUGACCAUUUACAAUGACAAAUGAUCUGCAAACAUUAUUGGUCCCGUAUCUUUCAGUUGCCUGGUUAAUAACGAAUUAACUUUCUCCACGACGCAACCUGGAUUACAUUUGUGGAAUAUACUCUUAUACCAAUGGAAAAGUAUCUAUUUGUAAUACAACGUCACGAUUGUAGCUUAUAACAUAACUGAUCGUAUCUGUAAAAAUAGCUUCCUUAUUACCCAAUUUGGAUAUAAAUCAAAUCAAAAAUAAGAUUCGGAUUUGUACACACCCAAGUUAUAUUGAGGAAUUACUUCAAGCUUUAUUUUUUCCCAAGUAUUUUUAAUCCAUCCAAAACUUACUUGGGUUUUUUUGUUAAUGCGAAGACAAUAUUCCUAUAUUUCAUGAUGUGCUCCAUUGAAUGACUUGUUAUAUUGUGGAAUAACUUCAAGCUUUAUUUUUUCCCAAGUAUUUUUAAUCCAUCCAAAACUUACUUGGGUUUUUUUGUUAAUGCGAAGACAAUAUUCCUAUAUUUCAUGACGUGCUCCAUUGAAUGACUUGUUAUAUUGUGGAAUAACUUCAAGCUUUAUUUUUUCCCAAGUAUUUUUAAUCCAUCCAAAACUUACUUGGGUUUUUUUGUUAAUGCGAAGACAAUAUUCCUAUAUUUCAUGACGUGCUCCAUUGAAUGACUGGUUAUAUAUUGUUCCCACAGACCUAAGACAAAAACGCCAGCAACCAUGUAACUUGACCAUAAACCAAAUUUAUGAAAUUUAUAUAAUGCUUAUCCAUGCCUGUAUAUU